AUAUCAAUUCAGCUUUCGCGCGCGCUAUUCGAGUCGUUUCUGGCCUUGCUAUCAUCAUCCCACAUCUUUGCUUGCUUUAACCUACAACCAACUCCUACGCUGCCUACUCGUCGCUUUUCUACCAUCUCAUCCCUGUCAUACAUCCUUCAAGAUCUAAGCCAAAAAAAAAAGGCAUAUAAAAACCCAACAUGCUUCACUACGAAAUCAUCCACUACUGCGACAUUCCACCCGAGCAAAAGCGCAACCUAGCCGUCGCCCUCACAUCGCUCCACUGCCGCACCUUCUCCGCGCCCUCUAUCUUCGUCAACGUCACGUUCCAGCACUACACGAGCGAAGGCUGGACCGCUGGGAAACUGGGAUGCUGUCAGACGGUGUUUGUGGGCGGGCGGCGGGUCCACACAAACUACAUCCACGCACAUAUUCGCCCGCGCACCCCCCACAACCAAGCCAAACUCAACACCCUCACUACAGAAAUAAUGCGCCUCUGGGACGAAAUCAUCGUACGCUCCAAGCCCUCCCGGGGAAGCAGAUACAAGCCGAAGGAACCGCCUGGGCGGCUUGGCGAGAGCCGCGCACUGCACAACGUCUUCAUUAUGCAAGACAUAGCCGCCGGCGCAGAGCAAGGAUUUAUUCUCCCUAUCGCUGGCGAGGACGGCAAGUGGAUUGAAGAGAAUAUGGCAGAGUUUGAGAGGAGGGCGAAAGAUGGGGAUGAGAGUAUGAGGGCGUUAGCGGAGGAGGUGAAGACGGGGCUGGGGAGUGGGCCGGUAUUGAAGAGCAAACUGUGAGGAUGGGCGGUAUGCGAAGUACUGUGGGAUGAGAGAAGAGGACUAUUCUAUUGAGAGAUUUAUGAACUGAGUAUGGAUAUCGUCGGUCU